GUUGAUCCGUACGAUGAAGGAUUGACUGCGUAGAGAAAUUGAGGCUAACGACGAGUCGCCUCAUGCGUGGUGUCUACGAUAUGGUGCGUGUUAUAAUGCCACCCGUAACUCUGUGACCAGUUUCGCGCUGUAUUUUCACAUGGCAGGGAGAGACUUCAAAGACCAUAAAAGCUUGGAACUGCAGGACAGGGUGCUGUUCUUGUUGGAGCCGGAACAAGGCCCUGAGGCCAUGGUCCACGAAGCGGUGGCAGCUGUCAGGGACAGGCGAGCUCAGUUGGAACAGCAGACUCGAGCUAACCUCAGGCGAGAGGACGUUUGUUUCACUGUUAGCUGUAGGCUCGAGAGUCUGAUAUCGGUUGCGAGGGAAGUCGCGCGACUUGACUUCGCGGUGGGGUGGGCCGGCACGGGUAGUGGCGGUUCAAGCACUCUUAACGCAUGGGGUUGAGAUGGCAGAUGGAUCUCAACGUACUUUCUUGAGGGCGGAGUUGAAGCCGCAUGUUGAAAAGCUCUCGGCACAAGAGGAGCAGCGCUCUACGGUACGGUAUCGUCCGCAUGGGCCGUAUGAGGAGUGGUUAAUGUAUCAUUCGCCGUUGACAAAGCAGCAGGAUGGCUGCCGUCAAGCGUUGGGCCAUUGUAUGCGUCGCACGGAGAUGGCGCGCAUUUGGUUGCGUGAGCUUAGGUCAGCCUGAGGGCGCGGGGAGUUAUGUUGUGAUGAGACGAAGUGCAAACGGGAAGAAGGUGCUGAGUGAGGACUAUCAGGUCUUGUUGAAGCGGGUCUUACCUUUGAAGACGAGCCGUGAUGCCUUUGUAGGACUUCCAGACUACAACCCCCCCAAGCUG